AUUUUCCUUUAGUAUUGAAUUAAGAUUCUAUUCUGAUUUUUGUUUUAAUAUUCGAAAAGGUAGGAAGUUAAAGUUAGUGAAUAAAUCAACGGUUGAAUUAACAUUAAUUGUAUUAACAAAUACAUACAUCAAUAAAUAUAAAUAUUAUACACAGAAAUAGGAGAAGAAAGAGGCUGUGAAACUGACAAAAGCGUGGCGCCAUAUUGCGUGCUUGUGUUUAGUUUCUUUCUGGCGCGUGGUCAAGAAUUAUUACAAUCUUUAAUAAAUAACGAUGUCUGAGAAUCAGGAACAAAAACCUGAAGCCGGUCCAGGUGACGCAAAUUCAGAAUACAUCAAGCUGAAAGUGGUUGGAAAUGAUAGCAACGAAAUUCACUUUAGGGUAAAGAUGACCACCCAAAUGGGGAAGCUUAAGAAAUCUUAUAGUGAUCGCGUCGGUGUACCUAUGACAUCGCUGAGGUUUCUUUUUGAUGGUAAAAGAAUUAACGAUGAUGAAACACCAAAGCAGCUUGAAAUGGAAAACGACGAUGUAAUUGAAGUAUAUCAAGAACAAACAGGUGGUCAUAACUGAGAUAAUUAUUAAAAGUAAUAUCAUGCAAAUUUGGUUUUCAUAUUUUAUAAAGUGAAAGUGACUAUUACGCAUAAGAAAUGGACAAGUUAAUUAAUAUGCAUAUGUAUGUUAAAGAAAAAAAAAACAGUAUAUAGUUUCAUUUUCAUAUAUUAUUCUAAAUGUGCUGUUCUACAUUCCUCUAACAAGGCAAUUUUAAGGACAAGCAACAUAAUCACUUUUUUUUGUAAUGUAUAAUUUUAUCGGUUUUAAAAAUAUCAGUUCAUAAAACUAA